AUGUUGCGCGAAAGGAGUUGCUCAUGCAGCUGCACUUCAGAGGCAUGCGGGCGCCUGCAUUCGUGUUCCUGCACAUUCAGCAGUGACAGCUGUGGUGAGAGGAGGCCAAAUAGAAUCCGACAGAGAGCUUUGGAUGUAUCUGCUUAUAUGUCCUCGCAACCUUUGUCAAUGUCUUCACGGCAUAAUACAGAUUGUAGUUGCUCAUGUUCCUGCGAUUGCAGCUGUAGCUCCUCUUGCAGCUGUAGUACUGGUUGUGACUCUUCUCGCAGUUGCAGUUGCAGUUGCAGUUGCAGUUGUUGUCGUUCUGCAUACUCCUCUGCAUGCCGUACGUGCGGAAGGGGGAAUGAUGACCAAUCCGAUGCGGAACGUGCACCGCAUUAUCCCAGCUGCCAGUACAGUGAAGAUUUUUUGUCUGUUGCCCCACUUCUAAUUCGGUUUGGUGCCUUCCCACCGCCCCGACCCCCGGAGGCUCCGCCUGUGCGUAUGUUUCCAACGCCAUCAGGUCUCCUCCCACCACCAGAGCCGCUGAGAGCGUCAACAACUACUACAGAAACAACUCAGUCACUGGUGUCCACUCGUAGCGCAGAGGGGUCUGACAUCAUCACCACCGUUUCAUCGGGCGAACUGCGGGCGGCAGCGGAGGUGACUUCGAUGCACCGGUCAAUUGGGAUGCAAACAGAAAUUGAGAGUCGCGAACGAGGAGCGUCACCGAUACGAAAAGCAAAAACUGAUGUGGGCACAAAUACGGAAAUGACGUUGGAGUUACUGGACCAGCAGCAGGCCACGCUUCAGCAACAAACGAUGAUACUGCACCAGCACAUGGAGCGGUGUGUCAUUCUUGAAAGGCAGCGAUAUGAGGUGGAUUGUGAACAUGCGGCGUUCUGCGAGGAUGUGAGACGUUGGCAAGAGUUGCAAAGGGAGACUGCGGUCGCGCAGUUUAUUGUGGCGGUGGAAAAGAGCUACAGCGAUGUGAAAGUGCAAGAGGAAGAGGGACGCGCGCUCCUCAAAACUUUCAUGGACUUUUCAAGCCAGUCAGUGAUUUCACUCCAGCAGAAUUGCAUUGAUCAAGUGCAACAUCAGAUGACAUUUGCUCAUCAACAGCGAACGAUUCUUGAAGGAAAACAUUACGACGUUAUUGUUGAUGAAUUGUGGCAUCGACUUGCUGUGGUGGAAAUGGAGGAGGAAUCACGUCGGAAUCUCCAUGUCCUAUAUGAUACCAUUUCUGACAUGCGGCGCGCGCGGGAGCGAAUGACAGCCGCUGAGGCAGAGGUUGAACAUGAGAAGGAAAUUACGGCGUCGGUGCGGAGGGAUUUGCAAGACGUGCUGCAGCGUGAGAAGGAAUUGCAGCUGAAAUAUUUGUAUAUCCUACGGGUGCCCACAACAACCAUUAUUUCCCGUGAUUACAAAAACAACGAUGGCCCUGUGGGAGGUCAUGAUGAGUGGGACGAUGACAUGCCAGUGCAUGUGCGGUUUUCCCGUGCGCACCGAGCGGCAGUAGAAGCUGUUAGCGCAAAGCGUCGUUGCUCCCUUGAACUUAAAUGCUUUCUGUAA